AUGACAGAAACCGCCGACGCAAAGAAUCAGCUUUAUAAGCUCGCGGCAUUACCCUUCAUCCUAGAGCGCAAAGGGGAUUAUGAUGACGCCAUCCGGACCUACAAGACUGCCAUCGAGAUCUUGGAUGAGUUAAUUAAGAAGUUCAAGAAGGGACGCGAUGUCCGCAAAGUCAACAGAAAGAUGUUUGAGCGACAAGUCCAAGUUCACCGGGAACGUUUAGCGUAUCUGGAGGGCCUGAAGCGCAAGGGCAUCUUCGAAAAUGUCAUCCUGCCCCCUACAAUCCUAGAUGCAAUGGAAGAAUUGGAAGCUGAAAACGGCAAGACCUGGAACUUGACCCAGAUUCGAAAGGCCCUCCAUGAUUUCCGAGGAGAUGGCCCAAGGGAUGCUCCACCAGAUCUCAGUGCAGCCCCAGCUCAUAUCCACCCAUUUCUCGGCACAAGCUCUGCCGAAAUUCCUUUCUUCUCGCCGACUUUGUCUCUUUCGCUGCCUCCUAUCACUUAUCGGAUAACGCACUCUUCGGAGCUCGUCGACUUGGGCAUGCGAUCCUACUGGUUCUUUGUGAAAGAUGUCACCAACACACAUGUUCUCUAUGCUCUCCAAUUCAUUUGGAGCAACGAGGCUCCAAUUGUCGAAACUGUGCUUCGGCGGGCAGGCGAGUUCCUACCCGGCAUUGGAGCAACGAGCGUAAAUCUCCAAAGGAUGAAAGGAGGCAGCUUCCGGCUCAUCACACGGACAAUCCCAGAUAUGGGAGCGAUAACUGAGAUCCCUGACGGAGAGAUGCAAAGGAAAGAUUGGUCACCACGUCGAUUUGAAUAUGGCGGUCGCAACUUUGUCUGGAAGAGUGCUGCCGCAGAAGGCAAGAAAGGCGAUGGAGGACUGUUCGGAAGUUUUGGAUUCGCCUGGGAGACAUUAUAUGAGACCAAGCGUGUCUGGGCCAAGGAAGGAAGCCGAACGGGAAAGAAAGAGGAUGAAGUUGCUGGUCCUCGAUUAUGCUGGGGGGAGAAGAAGGGAGGAAACGGUGCUGACCAUAGUAUCCACAUGGUUGGGGGCUUGGAUUUAUAUUUCCGCGAACAUUUGUUGGCGGUGCAGUUAUCAAGACUGGCGCGUGUGACCUAUCCCCCUCAAAAGGAUACCACAGGGGUCGAAGCGGCAGCUGCUGGUGUAGGUUGGCUGUCGAUUGUAACUUCGCUGGCAUGA